AUGUCGUAUGUAGAUACCAAUUUCGAAGUAGAAAGUGAUAGAAGAAGUACUAACAAGAUUUUCAGCGAAUUAAUAGAUAGACCGCGUUCAGAACUCACCGAGCUAGAGCUUCAAAGAUUGGAGGAGUUUGAAUUUGCCAAUGGACCAAUGUCAGUAUUACAAAAUGCUGUGAAUGACAACACACCAGUGGUGAUAUCAUGUCGUAAUAACCAUAAACUUAUAGCGAAGAUCAAAGCGUUUGACAGGCACUGUAAUAUGAUAUUAGAAAACGUAAAGGAGUUAUGGAGUGAGCCAGUGAAAAACAGUAAAGGUAAGAAGAUCAAGUCGAUUUCCAAAGAGAGAUUUGUUUCGAAAAUGUUCUUAAGAGGAGAUUCUGUAAUUAUUGUCUUGAAAGCUCAAGUAUGA